AUGUGUCCAAGAAAAGGCAAGUCAAAGUCCAAAAUCCUGACAAAAACCACUUGAGGAAUCUUCCCAAACUCCAAAUCUCCAAGACUUCACACCACCAAAAUGGCUCCCACACAAGAAAAUGAAAUGAUUGCAGUGGUCACCGGAGCUAACAAGGGAAUUGGAUUCGAGAUCGUCCGGCAGCUGGCGGCUGCCGGGGUGGUUGUGGUGUUGACAGCUAGAGAUGAGCAGAGAGGGGUGGAAGCCACCUCAAAGCUUCACAACUUAGGACUCUCAAAUGUGGUGUUUCAUCAAGUGGAUGUUACAAAUAUCAAUAGCAUCACCUUAUUGGUUCAUUUCAUUAAGGCCAAGUUUGGGAGGCUAGAUAUCUUGAUAAACAAUGCAGGUGCUUCAGGAAUGGAGGUUGAUGAAGAAGGAUUAAGGGCCCUGCAUAUUGAUCCUGCCACCUGGAUAUCUGGGAAAGCAGUUAAUUUGGUUCAAGGGGUGAUGAAAACCACAUAUGAGAAAGCAGAAGAAUGCUUUAACACUAAUUACUACGGCACGAAAAGUGUUACUGAAGCUUUGCUUCCAUUGUUGAAGCUUUCUACUACCAGCUCAAGGAUUGUGAACAUCUCCUCUCUUAGAGGAGAAUUAUGGAGAAUUCCAAGUGAUCAGAUAAGAAGUGAAUUUGCAAAUAUAGAGAGCCUAACAGAAGAGAGAAUCCAUGAGAUACUGCAAAAUUUCUUGCAAGAUGUGAAACAAAAUACACUGAUAAAAAAUGGAUGGCCCUUAAUGCUGCCUGCAUAUGGAAUUUCAAAGACAGCACUUAAUGCCUACACAAGACUUCUUGCCAGGAAAUACCCUAAAAUGUACAUAAACUGUGUUCAUCCAGGUUAUGUUAAUACAGAUUUAGCCUGGCAUACAGGACCUAUGAGUCCAGAAGAUGGAGCCAAAGCACCUGUCCGAUUGGCACUAUUAUCUGAUGAUGGACCUACAGGAUGCUACUUCGAACAGAUGAAAGUAGCUAGCUUCUGAUUUCAUCAGAUAGGAGGAAAUCGCUGCUUGGGACCUGUUCAGUUCUGAAGAACAAAAGGAUUGUUUGGUUGUUUCGUCUCUGUAACAUCAAACUAAUUCCUUGAUACAAUUUUGUGAUUAGUAAUUUCUAGAAGCUAUUCUAGGGUAUAAUUUGCUUGCUACAGAAUUUUCUGCAUGUGAUAUCAUCCUUCCUAAACAGUAUUUUUUUAGAGUCA